AAGAACGGAGUGCGACACACACCGAUGAGACACGCAGCUGUCACGCUGACGGGAUGCUUGGCCCAUCUGUCUCUCUGCCUUCCGAGGUAGCACGGCUUACACGGGUAAGCUGGCUGCGGCGGGCGGGCGGGCUGCCCGUGGGUGGGAGCUGCGCCUUUGAUGGAAUACCCAGACCAACCUAGAAACUUUGAGAAGGGUAGAUUCCAGUCAUCGCGCCGGGAUAUGAAGGGUAUGAAGAGCGGGAGAAGAUUAAGAGAAGGGUAUCAAUGGGAUAGACGAAGGGGAUGGAGGAUUGGUUCAGUGGUGAAUGUGAUGGAUCUUGAUGAAUGAGAUGCCCGGAACGGAUGGAAGUGGUGAAUACCAGUGUUGCAUCAGCAACGCCGAUGCGACUGUUCGCGACGCUAAGAAAACCACCGGUGGUGCAUGUGUAAGAUGGGUGGCAAGGACGGUGGAGGAUGAAGGAAAAUGGGGAAUAGAAUCUUGCAACAGCGCUCCGGUUUUGGGAAAGACGCGAAUGAAUGGUAUAUAAAAAGGAUAGAAAUGUGAGGAUUGUAUAUUCGUUGGUAUUUUGAUGUUCAACUACUAGUAAAUUCAAUCUCUUGAUUGAAUCCUCCAU